CCAACCAGGCGACGCAGCCGGCGACGCAGCGCGCCGCCCCCGCCCCUCUAAAUGGGUUCCCUCGAGCAAGCCAUCGAUUCAGACGAUGUGCACCGCCACGUCCUCAAGUUUUUGGAUGGGAAGGCCUGCCGCACGGCGAGCGAAGCUGUGGUAAGGUGGCGCAAGCUGCAGAACGAGGGCUGGUGGCGCGCCAAGGCCCGGAAUGAUCUCAGUGUUAGUUUUUGGCCCGCAGAAGACGAGGAGGAUUGGUUGGAAGUUUAUAAAAGAUGCCAUCGACCACCAUCUCUCCUGAAGUGGGUGGCCGGCCCGCUGCGCUCGCAUUGUCUCGGGGACCGCGUCGCGGCGCCGCAGAUGUUCGCCUCUGUCAAAGGGGAAAGAUUGUACAACUACGGGGGCUGGACGAAGAUCGGUCCCAUGACCGAUUUAAGAUGCACGUCCGUGUCGAAUUUGAACGAUUUGUGUCGAGGUGCGGGUGCGAAGCCCGUUUUCAAGGUCUGCCCCGCGACGGGAAGGCCCGCGCGCCGAUCCGGAGCCCAAACGCUCACGCCGCUGUGGCUCACGGGGGGAUCCUGCGAGCCGUCGGCGAGCCAUGCGGCCAAACUAGCGCCGGAGAACUUCCUCAAAGGAGGACGGGGGCACCUGAUCGUGGCCUACGGUGGUGGGGGCGGCGGCUACACGGGCGAGCAGAACGACUGGGCCGUCGGCGUCUUAGAUGAUGACGAUCCAGAUGAAGACCCGCGGGUGCACUGGGUCCGGCCCGGGCCGCGCGAGGCGCCCGCCGCGGCCUACACGGCGCGCGCAACCACCACUUACAGCAGCCCAAUGCAUCGGUGUGCGCAUACCGCUACGUAUAUUCCUGCUAGAUGUUUUGGACAUGAUGAUUUUCCGGAAGGUGCUGUCUUGUUUUUCGGGGGGCACGCGGCGGACACGCGCACGACGCUGCACCACCUCCAGCUGUUGGAUGUGGCGACGUGGACGUGGCUUACCGAUGAAAGGAGCGGCGGCCUGAACUACCGGCUGGAGCCGCGCGAGGCGACGGGCGCGGUGGCGCGGCACGGCCAUACCGCUACCCUGGUGGAAUACGACAACCAGGCGUACGUCGUCUUUGUCGGUGGCGGGCGGGGCACUAUACUCGAAGAUCCCAACCAGUGCGAGGAGUUCGGCAACGCCCAGGCCGUCGACGUGCGGUCGCUGUAUCGACGGGGUACGUCUCGCGUACGGCCGCGCUACGGCCAGCUCGUCGCGUUGAGUAGUAGUUAUGUGCCGGGUAGACACCACACCGCAUCACUAGUAGCGCCGCACACGGUGGCGCUGUACGGUGGCGGGCAUCGGCCCAUGGGCGGACUAUGGUUGCUAAACGUGAAGGAGGUCGUGGAAGCGGGCAAACGCGUCGUGGCAGCUAGAGCCGCGCGCGCGCGGGCCCUCCAGCAGUGCAAGGAGGCGGCCGAGAAGAAAGGCGAAAAUAUACUAGGUCUGAUGAACACGCAGAUGCAGCUGCUGGCGGAGGUCAAGGGCGCCGUCGUGCCGUUGACGGAGGUGGGGAAUCACAGCGGCGCCGCCCCACUCCCGCGCAAGUUCCACGCGGCCUGUUCCUUGUAUCCGUGGCGCCCGCUCUUCGUCGUGUUUGGGGGUUGGCGGACCGGGCCGCACUUCGAGGACCUGCACGUCGCGGCGCUCGGCGCGGACGCAAAAGCGCUUGACGUGUAUAAACGUAGUCCCGUCGCGGCUGAUGUUGACGAUCUCGAGGACGGGUUCCUGGAAAUUCGCGUCUUCGUGCCCGAGCUGGGCACGACGGAGACGCUGCGCACGUCUCGGAGGCGGCUGCGCUUCCUCGUGGAAACGGGCGUAUUCGGUGCGCCGACCACCGCAGGCGGCAACUAUAGAUUCCUCUCCGCGCCGGUGCCCGCGCGGCCGACGAUGCCGCGCGGCGGCCUGCGGGAGAUGUGGACGCGCGAGGGGAAUCGCGUCCACAUCGGCAUCCCAGAGGCUGGGGAGGGCGAAGUGCCCACCGUCGACAUCUCGCUGCAGCGGAACAUGCUCUACGGGUCCUACGCGCCGACGCAGCCGCACGCGCCCCACAACUGAACAUAUUCCGAUCCGCCGCUGACGCGGCCCCAAUUCUUGACCCUCCCUCGCGGGACCACGCCAAUGUACAUCCCCGAUGAAUCGCUUCGUAACCUUAGAGUCUAUAU